GAGUGCACGCUUUCUCUCUGGUCCAGAUCAGCAGGGAGGGCCUCCCCUUUUGCCGCAAGCUCACUGGCCGCUUUGCAAAAAAGGGGGAAGAACAACCUGUUAGGGGUACAUACCACCCCGCGGUGAGCCAUGUGCAGUGCAGCCUCUCUACAAAUUACGCGUAAACCACAUGGAAGAACGCAGCGCAGUGAACAGCGGUGCCGCCAGCUUCGGCUGCGCGUCCAGCGACCGGCGCAUCAUCAAACUGGCGGAGGAGGACAUCAACCGAAUCGCCGCGGGAGAAGUCAUCAUCCGGCCGUGCAACGCGCUGAAGGAGCUGAUCGAAAACAGCCUCGACGCGAACGCGAGCAGCAUAAGUGUGCACCUGAACAAGGGGGGACUGAAGGCACUACAAAUAAUAGACGAUGGAGAUGGCAUACAUAAGGAUGACCUCCAAAUCGUUUGCGAACGAUUUACCACAAGCAAGAUAACGACUCAUAAGGAUAUCCGGUCGAUUAAGACUUUCGGAUUUCGGGGAGAGGCGUUGUCCUCCAUCUCGCACGUCUCCUACUUGACCAUAACAACGAAGAAGAGGGAGGCCCCCUUCUGCUACACGUGUUCCUAUAAGGAUGGCAAACCCACACAGGAAGAACCCACCAUCUGUUCAGGCAAAGACGGUACCAUCAUACGGUUUGACGAUUUAUUCUACAAUAUGAAUUCUAGGCUAAGGACGCUAAAUCAUAAUGAUGAGUAUAAUAAGUGUCUGGAGGUGCUGCAGAAAUAUGCCAUUCACUACCCCCAUGUUGCUUUCACGUGUAAGAAGUGGCUUAGUAACACCGUCGAUUUGAGCACACAGGGGGUGGGCAAGGGCAUCGGCGGACUUGGAGGCAUCUACGUUAUUAAAGGGAAGCGGAAGGAGCUAUUCCGCGAGCUCGCAGCUGUGGGGGAGCCCUCCGAAGGGCAGGCUGACCCAGCAACCGGCGGGAGCCCCCCCUCCACUGUCGCGUACAGAGAACCACACCCCUACACUGAGCUGGAGAGAAAGAUCCUCGACGAGGAGAAGCACCUGGACGAGAACCACAAAACGUAUUUGAACAACGUGCGGCUGACCAUUCAGAAGAUAUACGGCAGGAGCAUCUCCAAAGAACUCAGCUGCAUCUUCGUGAAGGAGAAGAUCCCCACCUUCUUCAAGUGCUACGGGCUGAUAAGCAACCCCACCUACGGAGGGAAAAGGGGCAGCUACAUCUUCUUUAUAAACGACCGUCUAGUAAAAUCCGGCAUACUAAAGAGGAUGUGUGAAAGCCAGUAUGCUAAUUUCCUUGCAAAGGGGAACUACCCCUGGGUGUACCUCUCCAUAAGGCUCAAAUACGAUAUUGUGGAUGUGAAUGUUCAUCCGACGAAGAAGGAGGUGCAUUUCCUCUACCAAGAGGAGAUCGCCUUGCUCAUUUCUAAACGAAUAGAAGAUUUCCUUAAGAACUUUCACAACGCGAGGAGCUUCGGGGCGCCCACAGUGAACAUGGUGCAGACUACCUUCGAUGUGUCCUCCAUGAAGGUCGAGGUGAAGAAGGAGCAUCUGGCGGCAACCCAAGGGAGAAGCGAUAUAGGCAGCGAACGUGCACCAGGGGUGGGUAAUGCCCAAAAGAAACCCAUAGACACCAAGCGGGUGCGCACAGACCACAGGCAAAUCACCCUGACGAAUUACUUCCUAAAGAAGGAGACGGCGAAGAAGGACGAAGACACAGCGAUGGUCGUCUUCGAGGAUAAGGAGUAUGAAAUUCAAAAGCUGGAAGCUCCCAAGCCGGCUCUCUUCAACGCCAACGUGGAAAAGCAUGUGAGCAGUACCAAGUAUGAUAGGUCCUACCCAUGUGAAUGUGAUGAUGUAAGCAGCAUAAGGAAACUCAAAAAAAUUUGCGAAGAAAAGGAGAAAAAGGAACUAACAGAGUGUUUAAAAAAUUCCAUAUACGUAGGAGCAGUGGAUAACUUACAUAGCCUCAUUCAGUACAAAGACAAAUUGCUCAUGAUCAAAAUGCCACUCAUCAUAAAGGAGAUCACCUACCAGUCGAUCCUCAAUCGAAUUGGGAGAAUCCCCCCCUUCAAAUUUGACCCUCCAAUUCCUCUCUACGAUUUGUUGCUAGUCGCAGUGAACAACUCACAGUCAGGUUAUUUUGAAAACCCAGAUUACGUCACCAAGAAUAUGGAAAGGAUCUGCAACGAAUUGGAACAGGUGUUCUACUCCUAUGAGGAAAUGUACGCAGAUUAUUUUUCCCUCAUUAUUGAAGACGGCUGUGUGUGUACCUUCCCUGCAUGCUGUGGGGAGUAUUUUCCCGGGCAAGAGUUCCUGCCCCUCCUUUUCUUAAGACUAGCCACGCAGGUAGAUUACGAGAAGGAACUCAACUGCAUCAACGGCAUCUGCUAUUUGAUCGCCAACUUCUAUUCCAAAGUUACUCUCCUCGAUGACAAGGAAUGGACCUUCCAAAACGAGUUACUCAUGCUGAAGGAGAAGGAGAUACAAAUGCUACAGGGGAAGGCCGCCUCAGAGGGGGGAGAAGAACCCGCGGUUGGCAGCGACGAACAAGGCUACCACUUUGAAAACGUCUUGGGGGACGAAACCGUUGUGGAUGUGAAUAAACAUCUGGCAGCCUCCAAAAAUAUAAACCUCGUUUUUGAAAAAUACUUCUUCCCCAUGAUUCAGCUGAACAGCGUCAUGCGGGUCCCGCGCACCUUCUCCACCAAUGGGUACAUCAUCGAGUUGACCUCCCUCAACCAGCUGUACAAGAUAUUCGAGCGCUGCUAG